CCCACGUUCAGGACGUCCUUCCACUUCACAUUCCGACGAAAACGUGGAAAGAAUUCGAACUUGUGUUAAUGGGGACCGUCGUUUAACGGUCAGACAGGUGGCUGAAGAGCUUAAUUUGGGCAAAACCGUGGUCCACGAAAUUCUAAGAAACGAACUUCAAAUGAAAAAAAUUUGCGCCAAGAUCGUUCCGUGAGUUUUUGAGUAAAAAUUCCAUUACGGUGACCGAACACCCCCUAUUCGCCGGAUUUGGCCCCGUGUGACUUCUUCUUGUUCCCAAAAACCAAAUUGGUACUUCGGGGGCGGCAUUUGGGGGACAUAAAUGAGAUAAAAAAAGCUACGACGGGGCAGCUGAGAAACCUACAACCAGAGGACUUUCAAGGAGCCUUCUCACAGUGGAAACGGCGUUGGCACAAGUGCAUUAUGUCACAGGGGGAGUACUUUGAAGGGGAUAAAAUUGAUUUACCUGAAUAAUUGUAAAAUAAAAUUUUUAAAAAACUUUUAUACGUACUUUCCGGACAAACCUCGUAUAAUCGCAAAUGAUGACUGUCUUAUUACAAGUCUUGCUGUCAGAGUUAGGUUAUGUGCCUAAUUGAUUAAAAAGUCAAUAUACCAGAGAGACUUACAAAAGUGGUCUGCUUGAGUACUUCUGUCCCAUUCGUGUCUCUGUCGUAAAGUAGUUGUUUGCUUGGUUUGAAGUAAAUUUACGAGUUCAGAAGUAUAACAUCUUAAUCCUUAGGGAUAGCAAAGCAUGGGAAGCAUCAUGGGUGAAACAGUAUAGUCUAUUAUGCCCAUUACAGAUGGGCAAAGCACCGGGUUUAAACCCGGUGCUUUGGUAAAAACCCAAUAAACACCCAUAAACUCCCAUAAUCACCCAAAAAAAUAGGUUUUUACGUAUUUUUUUGAAAAUAUGUAAGUAAUACCAAUAAAUUAUUUUUAUAAAUUGUAUUGAUCAAUUCUACAAUAUUAAAUAAAACGUUAACUAAUAAUAUUUCAGGAAAUUUUAAAAAUCUAUAUAUAAUAAAAUGAAAGUAAUUAAUUUUCAGUGUUUUCAUGUUGCAGUUGAUCAACAUGUUGGCCUUUUGCUUCCCGUAGAUACUUUAAAAUUUCUUCAUAACACCUCGUUCGCACAACACAUGGCCGUAUAUAUUUAAAUUCUUGAGCCACUAACAGUCCGAAAUACUCAUUUCUUUUAUCCUCUUCUCCAUAAAUUAAGCAUUUAGAACAGUUUGUUUCUUCUUUCAGUAAAUUUUCUUUUACUUUAUCCUCGUUUUUAUUCUUUGUUGCGACGACGCUGGGUAAAUCAUCUGGACACUGGGUCUCACUAUCGCCAAAUAUAUUUGGAGAUCGGCUUCGGCUACGGCUUGGCAGACAUUUUUUUCUUUCUACAAUUUUAAAUUAAAUUUAUUAGAAUAAAUGCUUCGAACACACGCGAUCUAAGUACCUUUUGUGUUUAUUAUACCUUACCUACCUAGGUAUAAAAAGAGUACUUACGUAGAUUUUCUUUUAUUAACUGUUUUAUACGAAGAUCUUGAUCUCUCAAAUUAGCAUCCAUUUUACUUCCAGUGAUUAUCAACUAAAUUAAUAAUCCACAAAGUAUUAAAUAACGUUUUUAUGAAAUAUUUAGCACAAAAACAAUACCCUUUAAAUAUCGAUCGUCAGUAACUGUGGCUGACUUACCUAUAUUCUAGCAAGCAGGACUGCCAGAUGUGAAGGGGAAAUCCCCAAUAAAUUGUUGCAUGUGACUGAUGAUGUGAGCAUGUUCGUUUCAUAAUAAAAAUGUUGCCAGGUAACCAAAAAGUCGUAUGUUUUUGUGCGAAUUACGAUCAUAAUCUUUAUGAUCGUACAUUAAAAAAUAGACAAAUAAUAGUAUGAGUACGAUUUAAAUCGUAUAUCUGUCAACCCUGCUAGCAAGACAGCGACAAAAUCACGUUGCAUAACAAUGUAGCCCAAGCUUAUAUCUUAUGAAAUAUACGGAAGAGAUACGGACUUAGAAAAAACAGAAAUGUUGUUCUUUGUGGAAGUCAUUGAUGAAAUUCUAUGUAUUUUAGCCCGCAAACUUUCUUCAAACAAAAACAGCGCCAUCUAGUAUCGAGUUCUGUAAUUAUCUCUUUGUUUAUGGAUUUGAAGUAAGACCGCCACGCAUGCAAUACAUUAUGACUGGGGAUUCCCCUAUUCGUCGACGCUGAAUAUGAGGCGACGACAAUCACUGUCAAACGUGUUCACUAUUACUCUGACUCUGGUAACGUGACUUCCUGGUAACGUGUUAGGUAGGAAAAGCAGUAAAAAAGUGCAUAUUAAGGGAGCAGAUUUGAAAUAAUAUUUAUACUUAACAAGAAAUAAUUAAAGGUUCAAUGGGGAGACCUAAAGAUUUACGCAUAUGGGAGCACUACCGUACUUUACCAAACAAGUCUGUUUCUUGCAAGCUUUGUAAUAAGGUCUACAAAUUCAGUAAUGCUGCCAAAAUGCUUCAACAUCUUAUCACUUGUCCAAAAUCUCCAGAAACAUUAAAAGACUCUAUGAAACUUAUAAAAGAUAGCUCGUCCAAAACCAAAAUGUCUGGACUGUCAGAGAUAGAGACAAAUGAUUCUUUUAUAAGCCCCUCGUCGUCUGCUAACACUACAAUAAAUGCUGAGUUUCAAGACACCGAUGAUCAUAUAAAAACAGAAUUAGCGAGAGCUAUAUUUGUAACAGGGACGCCAUUAUCGAUGGUGCAACAUCCUUUAUGGAUACAAUUUUUCGAAAAAUUGCAACCAAAAUUUAAAAUACCUUCACGUAAAGCUUUAGCGACAAAAUACUUAGAUAAAAUAUAUAGAGAAAUGCGUUUUGAGUUAAAUGAGGAACUAAAUGCUUGUAGUUACUUACACCUUCAGUGCGAUGGCUGGUCUAAUUUAAGAAAUGAAGGAAUAAUAAACUUUCUUAUAUCAAAACCUCAACCUGCAUACGUUAAAAGUUUGAAUACAGAAAGUAAUCCUCACACUAGUGAAUACCUUAGCCAAGAAGUUGAAAAAGUAAUGAAAGUGUAUGGAGCAAAUAAGUUUCUUGUACUUAUUGGCGAUAACGCUAGAAAUAUACAAAAGGCAUUCGAAUUAACAAAACUCAAAUAUCCACAUGUUGUUCCUCUCGGUUGCUGUGCACAUAUCCUUAACUUGUUGUGCCAAGAUAUUGUAAAGAUACAAGAAGUAACUGUGUUUAUUAUGCAAGCCAUAAAUAUAAUAAAAACUGUUAAAAGGAGUCAACGAUUAAGUUCCUUGUUGAUAAAAUCAAGGCAGGGUGAAGAUUCUACACAAACACUAAAAUUGCCUUGUGCUACAAGAUGGGGAAGUCAUGUUACUUCGUUAAAAAGUUUGAAAGCAAAUAAGAUAGCUUUGCAAAUAUUAACAGUUAGAGAAGAUGUGGUAAUUUCAAGAGAUAUUAAAGAUUUAAUUCUAAGUGAUGAUUUCUGGACGAAGACAGGGGAAUGUAUAAGUAUUUUGGAACCAGUCACUGAAAGCAUAUUUUACUUAGAGAGCGACCAGAAUCGUUUGCAUCGCACAUACAUUACAUUUAGAGAUGUACAAGCUAAGAUACGUUUUGCAUUAAAUGAGAUUUCGACAUUGAGCGAAGAAAGCAAACAGCAGAUUCUAACAUCAGUAUCUUCAAGAUGCAAUAUGGCAAUGAGGCCAAUACAUUUUGCAGCAUAUAUUCUAGACCCCAGGACUCUAGGAGUCGAACUUACUCAAGAGGAAGAACUUAAGGGUAUGGAGUUUAUCUACAAUUUAAGCCAACACUUAAGUUUGUCAAAUGUAAUGGCAGAUUUGGCGUGUUAUAAAGCUAAAGAAAACUUUUGGGCCAGAGGAUUUGUAUGGAGCUCAUUAGAUAGCAUUGAGCCCCUAAUAUGGUGGAAAGGUAUUUGUGGUUCCACUGAGUUAAGCAAAGUAGCGAUUCGUAUUCUAUCAGCUCCCUGUACUUCGGCAGCCACUGAGCGUUCCUUUAGUAUCCAAGGCUACAUACAUAAUAACAAAAGAAAUCGACUUACAACUGAAAGAACUGAAAAAAUUUCAUUCAUUUGUUAUAACUGGAAUCUUAAACAUAAAGCUGAAUGCGAGGACAUUCAGUUUAAUGAAGAAAAUACCUUAGAAGCUUUCAUUGAGCAAGUAAAUGAACAUAACAGUUUAGACGAAAUAGAGCCUAUCGAACCUAUACAAUUCAUCGCUUGUAAUAACUCUGAAUCUGACAGUGAUUGACUGUAGUUUUACAUUUUACUUUCAUCUCUUUCUUAAUAAACUCAAAAUCAAAUUAAAAGUUUUUUAUUCUGUAGGCUGCAUAAUAAUAUUGUCUAUGUCCAGUAUAGUGGACGUCUUGCGGCUGAGAUGACGAUGAUGAAGUACAAAAUCAUAAACACCCAAAAAUUUGGGUGUUUAUGGGGUUUAAACCCAAUAAACCCAAAACACCCGGUUUUUACCCACCAGACUUUAAACCCACCCAGGUGGAUUGCCCAUCU